AGUAGGUCUUUUAGCACCAUCUAGUGGGAUGUAUAAAGAACUACAACAACAAUCAUGGCGGCCUCCAGCAGCAGACUCAUAUCGAGGCUGGCGCUAGUUACUGGAGGAGGCAGCGGGAUUGGGAGAGCAGUGUGUCAACGCUUUGCCUCUGAGGGCGCCUCUGUUGUGGUUGCUGACAUCAGCGAGGACUCGGCCAAUGAGACGCUAGGAAGCCUGUCACAUGCCAUCAGAGGACAAUGUCACAUGGCAGCUGCAGUGGAUGUGUCAUCCAAAGACAGUAUAAAGAGAGUGAUUACAAAUAUACAGAGUUGGUAUUUCCAGCCUCCUUCGGUGUGUGUGAACGCUGCAGGCAUCACCCGAGAUGACUUUUUGCUGAACCUGGAUGAGGAACAUUUUGAUGAAGUUAUCCAGGUCAACCUGAAGGGUUCCUUUCUGAUCACUCAAGCUGUGGCUCAGGCUCUGGUGUCGUGUGGAGCAGCCAAAGGCUCCAUCAUCACAGUGGGCAGCAUUGUGGGAAAGGUGGGAAACAUCGGACAGGCGAAUUACGCUGCCUCUAAAGCUGGAGUGGAAGGUUUAACCAGGACGGCGGCCAAAGAACUCAGCAGGUUUGGGAUUCGGUGUAACUGCGUGCUACCAGGGUUCAUCUCCACCCCAAUGACGGAUAAAGUACCUGAAAAGGUCAUCAGCAAGAUGAUGUCGUUGGUGCCUUUGGGAAGACUGGGCGAACCUGCAGAGGUCGCUGAUGUUUGUGCCUUUCUUGCUUCAGACGAUUCUCGCUACAUCACAGGAGCCAGCAUCGAAGUGGCGGGUGGACUUUUCAUUGGCUGACGCUGCUAUGUGUCACACAGAUGAAGACCAAUGGGAGGCCAGAUCUUGCCUAAAUAGACUGAUUUAUAAAAUAAUUGUGAAUAUGUAAAGUGGAAUCAUGUGUGUACCAAUAAACGUGUGUUUGUAAUGUUUCUGUGCCUAAUGCAGAACUUUAAAAUUAACAGCU